UAGCUUGACGCGAGUGGUGUAGCUAUUGCACUUGCUCCAUGACGUCAUUGAUAUUGGUCUUUCUUGCUGUUGGAAGAUGGCGUCAACGGGCAAGUUGUCAGAUCAGUAGUUGGUGUGAGUUCACAAUCAGGAGAAGCGACCGGUGUUCAACUGUUCACGCACUCAACCUCUGGCAAGUUCGCGAGCCGAGGAGCUGCGCGAGUGGGGGACGGCCGUAUCCAGCGCUGUCGCCAGUCAGUUGGUGCCACUGAUUUGCCCAGACCCCAUACCACCACUACCACCUCCCACACUCCUCCUUUUCUACAGCUUGUUCCCCAACUCUGUUGGUCGGUGCCUACUGCUGCCGUCGAAACUGCUAGCGCCAGCUUCUCUUCGGGCUUCGACCGGCACAGGCUCAUACAUCUGUAAAGGGCCCUUAUAAUUUAUUUUUCCAAAGGCAGCACCGAAUUGGAUUCAGUUUGUUAGCAACACCUCAAGAAGCCGACUCACCACAAACUCUUGCACCCGCAUUAGGUGCACAACACUUGUUUUAUUGGAUACCAGAGGUCCUAUUUAAUCAGUGAUUCAACAUGGGUGAUAAGCAUGGACGCUCAGAUUCGUAUCGUGUAGCUACCAUUCCAUCCCUGCCCGAUGACAACAAGACAGCUGACGGCAAAGCAAAGUCUCGCCGGAAAAACCCGAAGAAGAAAGGGAAGGAUGACAACCUAGAUGACUUGAAACAAGAAUUGGAUAUUGACCAUCAUAAAGUACCAAUAGAAGAGUUGUACCGACGUUUUCAGACCAACCCAGAAACAGGUCAUACGCACGCCAGGGCCAAGGAGUUCUUGGAACGAGAUGGACCCAACGCCCUCACGCCCCCCAAGCAAACCCCCGAGUGGGUCAAAUUCUGUAAGAACCUGUUCGGCGGUUUCGCCCUGCUCCUCUGGAUCGGAGCGAUCCUCUGUUUUAUUGCCUACUCCAUCCAGGCGAGUACAGUUGAAGAGCCCGCUGACGACAAUUUGUACCUGGGUGUUGUACUGGCUGCUGUGGUUAUCAUCACUGGAUGUUUUUCAUAUUACCAAGAAAGCAAGAGUUCAAAAAUUAUGGAAUCUUUCAAAAACAUGGUCCCACAAUUUGCCAUCGUUCUUCGUGAAGGUCAGAAGCUCACCCUGCGCGCUGAGGACAUUGUGCUUGGAGACAUUGUAGAAGUCAAGUUCGGAGACCGUAUCCCUGCCGAUAUUCGCGUUAUCGAGGCCCGCGGCUUCAAGGUGGACAACUCCUCCCUGACAGGAGAGUCCGAGCCUCAAAGCAGAAGCCAUGAAUUCACCAACGAAAACCCACUGGAAACCAAGAACUUGGCUUUCUUCUCUACCAACGCAGUUGAAGGUACCGCUAUGGGCAUUGUCAUCAGCUGUGGUGACAACACUGUCAUGGGACGUAUCGCUGGUUUGGCUUCCGGUUUGGACACUGGAGAGACCCCCAUCGCCAAGGAAAUCCACCAUUUCAUCCACUUGAUCACCGGUGUCGCCGUCUUCUUGGGUGUGACCUUCUUCGUCAUUGCUUUCAUCCUCGGCUACCACUGGCUCGACGCUGUCAUCUUCCUCAUUGGUAUCAUUGUGGCCAACGUACCUGAAGGUCUGCUUGCUACUGUCACUGUGUGUUUGACACUCACUGCCAAGCGAAUGGCCUCCAAGAACUGCCUGGUCAAGAACUUGGAAGCCGUCGAGACUCUGGGAUCCACCUCCACCAUCUGCUCUGACAAGACUGGCACGCUGACACAGAACCGAAUGACCGUCGCCCACAUGUGGUUCGACAACCAGAUCAUUGAAGCCGACACCACUGAGGAUCAGUCCGGAGUCCAGUACGACCGCACCAGCCCAGGAUUCAAGGCUCUCGCCAGGAUAGCAACCCUUUGCAACCGCGCCGAGUUCAAGCCUAACCAAGAGGGAGUACCCAUCCUCAAGAGAGAGGUGAACGGUGACGCCUCCGAGGCUGCUCUUCUUAAGUGCAUGGAAUUGGCUCUCGGCGACAUCUUGUCCAUCCGCAAGCGCAACAAGAAGGUCUGCGAAAUCCCCUUCAACUCGACCAACAAGUUCCAGGUGUCGAUUCACGAGAACGAAGAUGCCAACGAUCCUCGCAUGAUCCUGGUCAUGAAGGGCGCCCCUGAGAGAAUCCUCGAUCGCUGCGCGUCCAUCUUCAUCAACGGAAAGGAGAAGGUGCUUGACGAGGAAAUGAAGGAGGCCUUCAACAACGCCUACCUGGAACUCGGCGGUCUCGGCGAACGUGUGCUCGGCUUCUGCGACUUCAUGCUGCCCACUGAUAAGUUCCCCAUUGGAUUCAAGUUUGACGCUGACGAUCCAAACUUCCCCACCUCUGGACUCCGAUUCGUUGGUCUCAUGUCGAUGAUUGAUCCUCCUCGCGCCGCUGUGCCUGACGCUGUCGCAAAGUGCCGUUCCGCUGGUAUCAAGGUUAUCAUGGUUACUGGUGAUCACCCUAUCACUGCCAAGGCCAUCGCCAAGUCUGUCGGAAUCAUCUCCGAGGGCAACGAGACCGUUGAGGAUAUUGCCCAGCGUCUGAACAUCCCCGUCUCCGAGGUCAACCCCCGCGAAGCCAAGGCCGCUGUUGUGCACGGCUCCGAACUGCGUGAACUCAGCUCCGACCACCUCGACGAAAUCCUCAGGCACCACACUGAAAUCGUGUUCGCCCGUACCUCUCCUCAGCAGAAGCUGAUCAUUGUUGAGGGUUGCCAGCGCAUGGGUGCCAUCGUGGCUGUAACUGGAGAUGGUGUCAACGACUCGCCCGCCCUGAAGAAGGCCGAUAUUGGUGUUGCCAUGGGUAUCGCUGGCUCUGAUGUGUCCAAGCAGGCCGCUGACAUGAUCUUGCUUGACGACAACUUCGCCUCCAUUGUCACUGGCGUCGAGGAGGGCCGUCUCAUUUUCGACAACCUGAAGAAGUCCAUUGCUUACACCCUGACCUCCAACAUCCCUGAGAUCUCGCCAUUCUUGCUCUUCAUCUUGGCUGAUGUGCCUCUUCCCCUUGGAACAGUCACCAUCCUUUGCAUCGACUUGGGUACCGACAUGGUGCCUGCAAUUUCCCUUGCUUAUGAGGAAGCUGAGGCAGAUAUCAUGAAACGCCCGCCACGCAACCCAUAUGUUGAUAAAUUAGUUAACGAAAGGCUCAUCUCCAUGGCCUACGGUCAGAUUGGUAUGAUCCAAGCUGCUGCAGGCUUCUUUGUCUACUUCGUCAUCAUGGCUGAGAACGGUUUCCUGCCUGGAGACCUUCUCGGAAUCCGCAAGCAGUGGGAUUCCAAGGCCGUCAACGAUCUUACAGACUCCUACGGUCAGGAAUGGACUUACCGCGACCGCAAGACCCUCGAGUACACUUGCCACACCGCUUUCUUUGUCUCCAUUGUGAUUGUGCAAUGGGCUGACUUGAUCAUUUGCAAGACAAGGCGUAACUCCAUCGUGCACCAGGGAAUGAAGAACUGGGUGUUGAACUUCGGUCUGGUGUUCGAGACCGCUCUCGCCGCCUUCCUCUCCUACACUCCUGGCAUGGACAAGGGUCUCAGGAUGUACCCUCUCAAGUUCGUGUGGUGGCUGCCAGCCAUUCCCUUCUCCAUUACCAUCUUUGUGUACGACGAGUGCCGUCGUUUUUACCUACGCCGGAAUCCCGGUGGCUGGCUGGAGCAGGAAACCUACUACUAAAGACGUCACUCCUCCUUUCAAGGCAUGUGCGACUACCCUACUUUCUUUUCCAUUUUUGAGGCGACCUGGUCCGUCUUCGCUUUGCCAACAACAUUUUCGACGACGACGACGAAUUCAACAGCUGCAGUGGACACCAACACGGGACAUCCCUGCUCCACACAACAGAGAUGACGAUCACGGUCGCAUCGGGAACGAGAACUCUCAAAAAAUCAAAAAGAAAGAAAGAAAGAAAGAAAGAAACCGCAAGAUCCAUAAAACAGAGUCGGUCGCUUUGCCUUUUCAUGAUAAGGAAUAAAUAAUGGUGAAAUAUCAACGCUCCAAGCAUAAUUACCAACAAGAUUAACUGUAGUAGCAGCAGCAAGCGGCAAUAGUGGCACAUUCCAACCAGGGGCUGUGGACUUAGUGGAGGCACUCGGGAGGGGGACCAUAUUGCCGAAACGCCAGCAUCGUCCCCCUCCCGCGACAACCAAACAAAAGACCUUUUUACGUUAAAGCACACACUUACAUACAGGCCUGUCUUGAAUCCGAAGAGACAGAUUGGGAUCAAAACCGAACGAGCAAGACAACAGCAGACCAGAAACAAGAUGGAAAAACACAGAAACACACACACACACGCAUACACCGACCGCUGUCCCACCUCUACUCACGCGAUUGCUUCUUUGCAUGUUGCCACCAUGGAAAAUAAGAAAGAAAAGAAACCAUACAGAAUUUCAUUGCAAGCUAGCCAAAACCGACGAAUUCGCCGCGCAACCGAGCCAGUUUCGGAUGAUCACGACGAGUUCGUUUCGAGUGUUGCAGGAAAAUCGAUUGGAGCGCUUUCUUAUUCUUUGCUGGAGCCACGUUUUAGUAGGCAACCAUUUAUAGUAGUGACUUCUGCGAACUGAACUUGUUUUUGUCGCCAGUAAAAACUGGCUAGAGUAAUAAUGAGAAAACAGAGAAAAUUUAAAAGAUGAAUUAAAAAAAGGUAAAUCAAGUGCUAGUGCGAAAACACAUAUAUUUGAGGAAAAAAUAAAUGCUGUAUUUCAAUGUGUAUAUUGUUUACUCGUACAACACUAUAUGCAUCAAGAAAGCCGAGAAGGAAGUGGUUUAAAGCAGCAUUUCUUUUUUGCUAGACUGUUCACAAGAGAAUAAAAAAGAAAACACUAAAAUUUAACGAGUUAAAAGAGCGAAAAGAAAAACACCCAAAGAAAGAACGAAAGAAGGGAGUUUGUUUCUGGCGAGUUGUGAGACAAAACAAACAAACAAACACACACAUGGAUAAUUCAAUUAACGAGAUGUAAAUGCUGUUAAAUCUUCUUCACUACUUUUAUCUUGUUUUUAUUAGUUUAGUGCUGAGACGUAAUGAGAGAGUAAAUGCACACAUCACCACACAGGAACAUAAGAAAGCACUAACUAACCGCAGUGGCAAAAAUGUUGAAUCAGUCUCACAUUGGCUCUUGUUUGCCAACUACUCGAACCCCAAAUUCUCUUGACGAAAUUGUUGUGCUAGAGACCACAUUCUAUUCUUGAAACUGUUGUAAAAAGCGCGAAAAGUAUUAUCACAUACACACACACACACGAACUCACACACCCACACACAAUAGCAAAAGAGAGGAAGAACUCAUCUGUUCCCCUUUUAAAUAUUUAAUGAUACAUGAAGCAAUUGAGACGACGCCCUUUUAUUAUUGCGUCUUCGGGAACGAUCGACGCGCCCGGCCCCUGCCUCCGGGCCCCGGAGGCCCUUUCGGGAAAAAGGCCUUCGGGCGGCGGCCGCGGCUACCGAUUGCUUUCGAGGACACUGCCAUUUUAUUAAUACUAACUAUAAUUAUUAUGUGCGAGUUAUAUUUUUGUGGCGUGAAGUGUUAUAUAAAUUGUUAAAUGAGAGGUUAUGAGUGUUUAUGUUGUUAAAAGUAAACAAAAAACAAUUUGAAAAACUCAUUAAAAAUAUAAAUAAUUGCGAGGCUAUGAAGAGCGAAGUACGGCAAAGGGAGAGGAAAUAAGCAAAAUUUACACGGCAACUUCAAUGUCUGUAGUGGAAGGAAGUUUUAAGUAAAUAUAACAUCAACAAAAACAAAACCAACCUUUGUUUGUAUAGUUUUUAAAUAUAUCAAACGAAUUCGAUGGGAGUGCACUCACUCGCUGAUUGUCUGUCGUUUUUGGUUCGUGUUGCAAAAUUUGGACGUACAUUUUCUCGAUUCGAUGUGAAGCUGCUUAAAAUCCCACAUAACAACACACUCGUGAGUGACGAUGAGAAAACUCUGUAUAAAGGAUGAUAAAAACUGUAUGAGGUUUUGCUGCUUCCAUUAAUAUCAUUAUUAUGAUUAUACAACAAGAGAAAUUGUUUAGAUGCCUACGACACACACAAUACAUGACGGCCUGUAUAGAUGACGAUGAAGAUAUUAAUUCAUUAUAAUGAAUAAGCCGCAAAGAGGUUUCAUCAAGAAUAAAAACAAUAAUUUAAAAAAUAAUUCCAAAUUGCUGAUCAAUCAAUCUUCCGAAUGGUCCCGAGUGUAUUUCAAGCUCCAUCUCACACACACACACAUACAUUCACAUGAUGUGCUCUAUAUAAAUAUAUUUGGCGACAACUCUUUCUAUUAUGACAGCCGGAAGUAAUAACGCAGGCCCCUUUGAGUCCCCCCUUCAGACCACCUGACGACAACCUGUGAAUUGAAAAGCAAGUGUUUUUCCUAGUUUUGUCCUUGCUCAAAAAAUAACAACUAGUGGCUUUUGCACACUCACUCCCGAAAGAGAAUACACCUUAAAAACUAGACUUGUCAUAUAUAUAUGUAGUCUGCGCUCCUGAUUUUAAUGAAAAACAAAUUUAAAAUUAUUAACACGAUGAUGCGAGCGAGAUAUAAAAAUAAAAAAGUGCAUCAAAAAUCCUGCCAUUGACAAAACAAAAAAGAGGAAUGUGAAAAUGAUGUUUUUAAGAGAGAAAAAAGAGAAUAAUGUUGAGAAAAAAGUUGAAAUUUGAGAUAAUAAUAUUCUCUGUUCACUCUUUGUGCCGACCCCAGUUACAUUUUUCGAGAAAAAACGUAAUAUCGUAGGGUCUUUCUUGUUAGUAGGAUGAAAAUCACACACAAACACGCAACACACAAGUGAAGCCAAACAAUUAAAAUUGCUACAUUCCAGUACCACAAACACACACAAACAGUUUUGAUUUUGGCUUUUUUGCCACUUACUGUCCCCCAACUAAAUUUUGAGAUUUAUAUGCGCUUCAUUUUUUGACGAUUUUUAGCUCCGCAGUUUAAAUGAGAAGAGUGGAAAUAAUAUACAAUACUUUGUUAAAAAAAGAAUCGAAUAUAGUAAAUGCGCUCCUUCUGUCUGUUGCAUUUUUCAACUUGUUAAAAUUAAAGACACACAUUACACACACACUACCAACUAAUGAAAAGAGAGAGAAAAGAAUCGAAAACACAUACACAUUGCGACACACAGACACGAAAUGAUGAAAAUUCAUGGAAAGCAAAGAGAGUUGAAAUAAAACAGCAAAAAUGAAAAGUUAACUUUAAAAAAAAAUGACAGUGCGUUCGUUGGUUCGAUGUUUAAAUAAUAAAAUGCGAUUGAUUUAAAUCACCGAAGUUUUAUUCACACAAUGGCGAUCGAAACUAGUGAGAAUUCCACUGGAAAGCUAGAUCGAAUCGAAUCACUUUAACUAUUAAGGCAGAGUGUUGUUUUGUUAUUUCGCUAUGCAAGAAUAAAAAAGCGAGCCGGACGCUUCUUCGACACCACUAUUACUUCUGGUAUAGCAUGUAUGAGGAAAAAACAAUUGCUGUUCUAGAUGUCGUCGAACGUUUAAUGAGCAAACACACCCGUUUAAGCAUGCAGUCUGUACAACGUAAAUGAAACUACUAGUAAUAACCAUGCGUUUAUAUGAAUUGGUUAGAGAGCAGAGUAUGAUUAAUGUGUGAACGAAAAGAAAGUAAGAAAUCAGACGGCCAAAAAUGAUAAAUUCGAAGAAAGCUUAGCAAACGAUUCUGGCCGUGCCAGCGCAGGUUGAGUGCAAUUUUCGAGUUUGGAAAACGGAGAUGGAUGCGGUACACUUUACACACAGACACACAUGUGGUUGAUGGUUAUUAAAAAAUAAAAAAGGAUUAUUGCUAAAAUAAUUAACCCACAGCACACACUUUGGGUGUUUGAGUACUGUAAAUAUUUUAUAUGAAAAACGAAACCUAGAUGGAAAAAAAGGAAAAAGUAUUUCUUGUGUUCAAAAGUGGUAGAAAUAAAGGAAUAAAAAUGAUGCAAAAAUGAAUGGAAUUUAUUCGCACUCUGGCGCGUGUAUGCAGUUUCUACAUGAUGAAAAAAAAACAACAA